CAUCCGUUAAUAUUUGCCGAGUGGCUUGAGAACAGGCUGUGCCCAGUAGGAUUCUGCCAGCUUCUGGGCUAGUGCAGAGAUGGUAUAAAAGGCAGCGGGGUCGCUGGGGCUGGCUGCCCCCAGGAGGCAGCCGCCGCCGCCGCCGCCGCCUCUGUUAAAAUGACCGGCUGCGGCGGAGGGGGAGGAUCCCGGCUUCGCUGCGGGGGGGGGGCCUGUAAUUGAAUGAGGGAGGAGAUAGAGCAGAGAAGCCGCCUAGCACCUCGCCCGUCAGCGGCAAUCCCAAAGGGGAAACGCAGCGGCUGCCCUCCGCAAGAGCUGCGGCUCCUCGUUCCCACGCGCGGCUGGAAACAGGCCGCCCCUCGCAGGCAGCUCUGCCCGCAGACAGCCGCAGCAAUGGGCGUGGAAGGCUGCACCAAGUGCAUCAAAUACCUGCUUUUUGUCUUUAAUUUUGUCUUUUGGCUUGCAGGAGGAAUCAUUCUUGGUGUGGCACUCUGGCUCCGUCAUGAUUCACAGACCACAAAUAUCCUGUACUUACAUCUAGGUGACAAGCAAGCCCCUAACACGUUCUACAUUGGGAUCUACAUCCUGAUUGCUGUUGGUGCAGUGAUGAUGUUUGUGGGGUUCCUGGGAUGCUACGGUGCUAUCCAGGAGUCCCAGUGCCUUCUGGGAACGUUCUUCACUUGCCUGGUGAUCCUGUUUGCUUGUGAAGUGGCUGCUGGAAUCUGGGGAUUCGUCAAUAAAGAUCUGGUUGCCAAAGACGUGAAGCAGUUCUAUGACCAAGCGUUGCAACAAGCGUUGCAACAAGACCUGUCGAAUUCUGAUGCAACUAAUGCGAAAACCGUGGUGAAGACCUUCCAUGAAACGCUGGAUUGCUGCGGUGCAAAUACCAUAAUGACCAUAAGCACCUCGUCCAUCCAGAGUGAUCUCUGUCCAAAGGAACAAACCUUGCUGGAAACUCUUGCCCAGGGUCGCCUACCCCAGGAUUGUCAUAAGAAGAUUGAUGAGCUGUUCUCAGAGAAGUUGUACCUGAUCGGUGUUGCAGCCAUUGUGGUGGCUGUGAUCAUGAUCUUCGAAAUGAUCCUGAGCAUGAUCCUGUGCUGUGGCAUAAGGAAUAGCACCGUGUAUUGAGAAGUGGAGAGUUGCAGGGGGAAGGUUGGAGAUGACCGUGCAAAAGGGACCCCAAGUGCCACCAAGUGACCAGGAGACGUUUCAACAAAAGACAAAGAAAACUAUGUAUAUAAAUACUUCCAAUAUUACCAUACAGUACUUAUCAUUUUUACUUUAAACUACUUUUUUUUAAAAAGUAAAACUUUCCCAUGAUCUUGUGGCUGAGUUAGUUACACAUCAGUUUUGUGUGGUAGGGAAAGCUACUGUACCAGAAAUUCUGACUUCUCCCCCCUCCUUUUUUUUUUUUUUUUUUUUUUGGUCCUCCCCAUUAUUUCAGUGAUGAUGUUUAUGGUGCAGAAACACAGAGGUAGAGAGCAGCAGGCUACAGCCUCUUGUGAGGACAAUGAACACCUUUGCCUUGGUUUUGUUUGUUUGUUUUAAGUUUAUAACUGGAAACUGAAGCAGGAUUUUUUGUUUUCCUCUCUUUUCCCUAAGGCCCUGACUCCAGGGCAUUCCCUAGCUGCUUAUAGGAAAGUUUGACUUGGUGUGCAAAGCCUGGUAGAAAUGAGAGGCCGGGGACACAAGCGGAGAUGCAGCCCAGAGGAAUCUGGAGGAGAUGGCCUGUUCCAAUCAGACCCCUUUAUGUUGUUAAAUAAACAUGAGAGUUGAAUAGUGACAAUUUUAAAUUCUAACUUUUGAUUUUUUUUCCAUGGAGUUUGUAACUCAUUUAAAAACAAAAAAACCAAAUUGACCCAUUCAUUUAGAACUGAAGCUGUCUCACGGGUUCAUAGCCUGGGAGUGAAUUCUUACCCUGAUUUUUCCACCCCAAAUUCUACAAAUGACUGAAAAAAAAAUCUGCUUUAUGUUCCUGGGGGCUUACUGUCCAGUCUGGUUUUGUUAGUUCCUAAUUUGAACUAAUACUUCUGUAUAAAUGAUAUAUUAAAAAGGGGGCGGGUAGAUAAGCGCUGAGAUCUGGAACACUCAGAAUCCUCCACAAAACAAAUGCAGGAUGACUGUUGGGUGUUUUCUCAUGUUAUUUCAAAUUAAUGUUGUCUUUGCAUCAUAGUUCUCUUUGAUACAGUUUUGCUUGCUCAUGGCAUAUUGUCUUAUGUGCUGUAAUUAUGCCAAAAAUCCUGUAACCUAUUAAAGAAACAUUGUUUUUUAAAAGCCCUUAAUUUAAAACCUACAUUAAGAGUUGGAAACCAACUCGCUCAAGCUGGGAAAUUCAGGAUUUAAGAAGGCACCGGUUUGAACAUACUUUUUUGUGUGGGUUAAAAUCCAAGCUAGAUGUUACCAACUAAAUAUGUGUGGCUUUAACUAUAUGCCACUCCAUUGGACUAACAGAAUCGCUAUUGCCCUGUACAUAGAGGAUACUGUGUGCAUCAAAUCCUAUGUAAUAAAACGUCUUUCUGUCUCUCUCAAAGAUGUUCUAUAUGAAUAGAUAGAUAUAUUUUAAACAAGACUAUUUCACUUUUCCCUACCCCUUAUGGGCACUUGAGCUGGGGACUGCAGCAUCUUGCAGCUGUUGGCUGAGCAGAAGCAGGACGUUUUUAUUCUCAGCCCAGUUAAGAUUUGAGGUUCCUCUUGCAUUCUCUCUCUUCCCCCUGCCCACGCCUUUAAGGGAUGUUUCUGUUUCCCUGAAGUGUUUCUUUUGUAACUUUCAAAAGGAAGAGUGUUCCAAAUCCGGUUUGGGGUGAGGGGGAUCCUGUGUUCUUUCUAGGCUAUACAUGUCCCUUCACCACUGUGCGUUGGAUACCACAGCCAUUGCUACACACUGAAUGAGGGAUUCCCACAAGUGGGCAAAUGGAUCAGUCCAGAGGCUUAUUUUGUUUCCCUUUCUUGCCUCUUUAAACACAUAAGGGCUUUUUAAAAAAAAAAAAAAAGUAACCUAAGGAAGAGGUGUAUCAACACAACCUAGAUUGAUUGGGGAUUGGGCGGGAAGUAAUUUAAUCAGAGAAGCAGCCUUAAAGUAACAUUGCUCUGAAUGUCCAUUUUGCAUGCAUUGGAAACAAGAACCGAUUGUGCACCAGGUGCCUCCUCCACUGUACAUUUUUUAGGGUCACCUCCUCUGAUAUGUGGCUAAAUGUAAAAUGUGAUGCAUCAGCUGAGCAUGUGUGUUUACAUAUAUGUGCAUCAGGGUUGUUAGAAUACAGAAUGGAUGUGUAACUCGCCACCUCUUUGUCGACUGUUGAUAAAUAUGUAUAAAUAUGCCAUUAAGCAUUUCAGUUUUAUUUUUUCCUAUACCGUAUAUUUGAUAUUGUUCAGUAUUCAGUUGAUAUUGUGUCAGUAGCCAGAGCUCUGUUUGAAGAUUUGCUGGGUCUCCAAAGAAGCAAGUGCAGGUCAGGCACGUUCUUAGAUGUAGCUUUAAGGUACUAGACUUGCCCUUUGCAGUAGCAAGUGGAAAGAAGUGAUUAUUGAGAAGCAUGCUGGGCUGAAACCUGAUAAGUGUGGGAGGAAAAGCAAAAUCUUUGGUCAAAAAGUGCUCUGGGAUUGCUGGAAUUUGCCAUCCGCCCCUGAACUACAUUAUAGAAAGUAACUAUUCACUUCGAACUCUGGUGGUGCCCUUGUAGUUGUCAGCUACCUAUGCAGCCUCCCGCCCUGGAGAAGAAGCCUGCAUGGAAGAGAUGCUGGUGGAACUCAGAGCUCUAAAGGUUGGGGAAGUGGCUUUUAAAUGUGGUGGCGACAGUGAUUUGGGACUAGGUUAGAGGGAACAGAGUCCUGAGGACAUAGAGUGGUACUGAAGGAAGCUGAAAGAUGGGUUUCACUGGGUGGCAUUAAUGCCCUGUCCAUUUCUCUUCAGGGUUAUUACAGGAGUAUUCCCAUGUCCCAUUGCUUGUUUGUCAGCCCGCCAGGCCAAGGGAGGGAGAGAAGGAGCUGCCAUGCUUAAGAAUGGACUGAGGAGUUGAGGAACAGCUGAGGAAAAACAACCCUCUUUGGUCUUCUCUGUCCUAAACUCCUGAGAAGGGGAGGCCUAAGCAGAAUGGAGGCAGGGGUGUGUGUGAAAAUUUGAGAGCAGACUCCCCUUCAAGUUAUCCCUGAGAACUGCUCAGUAUCCAAAGGGACAUUGCCCUGUGUCUGAAUAACCAGUCCUAAAGCUAGAUGAGGAGGAAGAGAAGCAGAAUGCAGGCCUCAUGUUCCUGCCAAGUGACUAUCCUGCCUAUGUAUGUGUACACACAUGCAAGCAUACAGACCCAGGUCCUGAUCCUGGAGACCCCCAUACGGACAGGAUUGGUGUCCACUGCAUAGGGCUUUGCAGGAUCAGGACUGUGGGCUAUAAAUACACACAAACACUGCUUCUGAACAGAAACCAGAGGAAACGACCAGUCAUUGAGAAAACAGUCAUAAGGCAAGGGAAGAAGAGGAGAGCCCCAUCUCACUGCGGGAGGCCAGGAGCAGGGAACUAACCAGGGCUGGGUUUGAAGACCCAUGCUAGAAAGUCAAACAGAGCUGCUGCCAGCUGAACUGAAUGCUUGGGAUUCUUUUAUAUUGUGGAGCAUGCCACAAAGCUGUGUGUUUAACUUCUUCCUCCAGCUGCCUUGUUUUUUUGUUUUGUUUGUUUUUAAGAAAAAAAAAUCUAAUGUUAAUCAUAGUGUGUAUAGUGUGACCAUGCUCUUCGAUUUACAACCAGUUCACCUUAACACCAGGAUGCUUCAUGAGCCAGGCUGUGGCAGCAUGGGCAGAGCCAGGCCUCUGGAAUGAUGAAGGAGGAGAAAUGGGCAAGCUGGAGAGGGACAUCCAGAAUCAAGCUAAGUAAAGGCAAAUGGCUCUUGCCAAUAGCAGUUGCUGCCGCAGGUGCCCUCCUUUGGGAGGGGCAGCAGUGGGGGAGCUAGUAUGUAUUCCAAAAUGACGAGA